UCGCCCGCGGUUUCUCACCACACCGCUGUGGGAUCCGCCAUUCCGCCUGUGCCCUCUUUAUACGCGAACGCUGCGCAUGCUCCGGCUUACCCGUCCAGCCCGUCGUCUAGGUCUAGCUCCGCGCCGCGGUUCCUGCUUGCUGCUGGUUUCGUCGUCGGCGGGAGAAGAUUUCCGCCUUCUGAUUGGUCGGAUCGGAUCGGAGGCGUCUUCUCGGUCCGGCGUCUCUAGCUGCUGCGUACGUGGGGUCUGAUGACGAAGGUGGCGGUGGCGGAAGGCCGGAGCCACGGCGUGGCGACGGCGGUGAAGGGGCGGAGGGAUUCUAGCAGCAGGCGGCGGCUGAGCGGCGCCGGCGUGACCGUGCGGCGGCGCGUCCAGCAGGUGGACGCGACGGCCGCGCCCGCGCCGACGCCGCCGCUGCUCCAGCGGCUGCUCGCGGCGUGCCGCCGCGCGUUCCGGGGCCCCGGGACCGUGCCGGCGCCCGACGACGUCGCCCUCAUCAGAAGCAUCCUCGACAAGAUGGGACCGGAAGACGUGCACCUGAGCGCCGUCACCAAGGCCGCCGCCGAUUCCGGCGUCCUGAGACGACGGCGGCGUCCGAUCAUCACGCGCACCACCAUCCACGAGUGCACAAACUUCUCGAUCGUGGUCUUCCUCCUGCCCCCGGGCGCGGUCAUCCCGCUGCACGACCACCCGGGGAUGACGGUGUUCAGCAAGCUGCUCCAAGGCUCGCUGCACGUCACCUCCUACGACUGGGCCGCCGGCUCGGCCUCCCAUGGCCAUCCGGCGGCGAGGCUGGCGAGGCUGGUGCUGGACGCCGACCUCCGCGCGCCGUGCGACGCGCUGGUGCUGUUCCCGGAGUCCGGCGGGAACAUGCACCGGCUCGCCGCGGCCACGGCGUGCGCGGUCCUCGACGUGCUCGGCCCGCCCUACUUCGGCGACCGGGACUGCACCUACUACCAGGACCUCCCGUACUCCCAGCACCGCCUCCUUGCCCGCAGCGAAGAUGAUGAUGAGGCCGCUGCCGGCGACGUGCGUGCCGGUGCCGCCGCGGGUGAUGAUGAGCAUCGUCGACGUCAGGGGGCGCGCCGCCUGGGGUGGCUGCUGGAGACGGGCAAGCCCAAGGAGCUGGAGAUGUACGAGCUAGGUGCCCUGCAGGGGGGCUCCGAUCCUGACCGUGUAGGCUGCAGAAGCACUGGCCGGCCUGCUGACAGCAGAGAUCGACCAGAAUCAGAUGAUGCAGCUCGUCGCGCAGAUGCAUGAGCUACAAGUACGCUCCGUGUCUUGGUUCGUGGGCUCGUUGCCAACAGCAGCUUCAGACUUUCAGUAUACGCAGCACACAUACGAUCGACCUUCUUCCGGUCUGCUUGUAAUUAUGUGGUGGCAAAGAUUGCUGUCGUGUGCCAACGUCCGGGCCAAUCGUUUUGUUGCUUUGUUAUUAGUCCAGUCUUAGUGUGUGGUUUUAUUGUAUUGUUAUCAAGACUGAGAAGUUAGUAACCAAGACAAAGCAGUAUCACGGUGAUAAAACUUCUCUCUCA